AUGUCCGCUUUACCAGAACAAUUGAAAAAGUACUUGACUCAAGUCGAUGACGCUACCAGUGCAUUGCCCCUCUUGCACCAUUUUGAAUCCAACACCGGAUUACCAAGAUCUUACUUUGUUAUUGGAUUCACCUUAUUCUAUUUCAUCAUGAUCUUUGUUAAUGUUGGUGGAUUAGGACAACUUUUAUCAAACAUUGUUGGAUUGGUAAUUCCAGGUUAUUAUUCCUUACUUGCUUUACAAACUAAAACCACCAAGGAUGAUACUCAAUUGUUAACUUAUUGGGUUGUAUUUGCAUUUUUAAAUGUAAUUGAAUUUUGGUCAAGUGCCAUUUUAUACUGGAUGCCUUUCUACUUCUUAUUCAAGGCUAUCUUUUUAGUUUAUACUGGUGUUCCAGCUUUUGGUGGUGCUAACGUGGUUUAUUUAAAUGUAAUCAAACCUCUUGCUGAUCCAUACUUUGCCGCUAACGAAGAUAGUGUUGCCAAAAAGAUUGAUGAAGCUGCUGAAGCUGUCUCUAGCUCUGUUCACCUUUAG